CGGAUGUGACGUCAGAGAGCUUCCUGUAAACACAUGUCCGCCUGCUGAGGUUGGCCAUGCUUGUCUGUUUAGCGCAGUUUUAAAAUUCCAUUAUAUUUACAAAAGCUUCUGUAGCAUCAUGUCUGGUCGUCAAAAUAAUAAAUUACCAAACAACCUGCCUCAGCUGCAGAAUCUUAUAAAGAGAGAUCCACAGUCGUAUCUGGACGAGUUUUUACAACAAUACAGGCAUUACCAGUCCAAUGUUCAGAUCUUCAAACUGCAGCCAGACAAACAGAAUAAGGAGCUGGCGGAGCUGGUCAUGUUUCUGGCUCAGGUUGGUCACUGCUACUUGGAUCACAUGUCAACUUUUCCUCAAGAGCUGUGUGAUCUGCUCCUGGCUUAUCACACAGUCCUGGAACCAGAUCUGAGGAUGACAUUUUGCAAAGGAUUAAUUCUCCUGAGGAACAAAAACCUGAUCAGCCCAUCCGCCCUCCUUGAGCUGUUCUUUGAGCUGUUAAAAUGCCACGACAAACUACUCAGAAAGACGCUGUACACUCACAUCGUAUCAGACAUUAAAAACAUUAAUGCUAAACAUAAAAACAACAAAGUUAACACGAUGUUGCAGAACUUUAUGUAUACUAUGCUAAGAGACAGUAACCCGAUUGCAGCAAAGAUCUCCCUAGAUGUUAUGGCAGAGCUGUACAAAAGAAACAUAUGGAAUGAUGCAAAAACAGUCAACGUCAUAACAACAGCGUGUUUCUCAAAGGUGACAAAGAUUCUUGUAGCAGGUCUUAAGUUUUUCCUUGGCAAAGAUGAAAAUGAGAAAAACGAAAGUGACUCAGACUCAGAGACAGAGGGACCAUCGGCCAGAGACCUUAUGAUCAGAUACUCAACUGGUAAAAAGAGCACCAAAAACAAGAAGAAGUUAGAAAAAGCAAUGAAAGUCCUGAAGAAACACAAGAAAAAGUCAAAAGCUGAAGUCUUUAAUUUUUCUGCGAUUCACCUGAUCCAUGAUUCUCAAGAUUUUGCAGAAAAACUUCUGAAACAAUUGGAAAGCUCCAAUGAGCAUUUUGAAGUGAAGAUUAUGAUGAUGGAGCUUAUAUCCCGACUUGUUGGAAUCCAUGAGCUUUUUCUCUUCAAUUUCUAUCCAUUCAUACAGAGGUUUCUCCAGCCACAUCAGAGGGAAGUGACAAAAAUAUUACUUUGUGCAGCCCAAGCUUCCCAUCAACUUGUCCCACCGGAGAUCAUUGAACCUAUGAUCAUGACCAUUGCCAACAACUUUGUGACUGACAGAAACUCGGGCGAGGCCAUGACUGUCGGGAUCAACGCCAUCAAGGAAAUUGUAGCCCGUUGUCCACUGGCAAUUAAUGAAGACAUGUUACAAGACUUGGCCCAGUACAAAACUCACAAGGAUAAGAAUGUGAUGAUGUCAGCCAGAGGUUUAAUCCAGCUCUUUAGAAACCUCAACCCACAAAUGCUGCACAAGAAAGACAGGGGGAAACCCACGGAAGCAUCUGCAGAAGCUAAAAUAAAAGAUUACGGGGCUCUGGAGGCUAAAGAUUAUAUACCUGGAGCUGAAGUUCUUGAGUUGGAGGAGAAAAAGGAGGGCAAAGAAGGAGAAGGUGAUCUGUCAGAUGGCUGGGAGAGUGCUAGCAUUAGUGAUGAUGAUGAAGAUGGGGAGUGGGUAGAUGUUCACCACUCGUCUGAUGAGGACACAGAGAUUACUGAGAAACUGAAGGCGAUACCCGCGGAGGAAAGACAAGUCAUGGCAGCAGCAGUCAGUGGCAGUAGACUCCUCACUCAGGAUGACUUUAAGAAAAUCCGUUUGGUUCAAAUGGCUAAAGAAGUCAGCGCUGCACCAGGAAAAGCCCAGAAGAGGAAAAUAGCUGAUAUUGACGAUGAGGAGGAGAGGGGGGAGAUAUUAACACUAAGGAAUAUUGAAAAACUUCAUAAGAAACCAAAAUCUGAUAAAGAAACAAGACUUGCAACAGCAAUGGCUGGAAGGACAGAUAAAAAGGAGUUUAUCAGAAAGCGAACAAAGCUGAACCCACACGCAAGCACCAGCAACAAGGAGAAGAGAAGAACGAAAAACUUUAUGAUGAUGAGACACAGUCAAAACGUCCGGACCAAAGGCAAACGUUCCUUUAGAGAGAAACAGAUUGCAUUACGGGAUGCACUCCUGAGGAAACGGAAGUAUAAGUAAAUCUCUUGAAAAUAUGACGCAUUGAUUUAUAUAUUUUCUGUACAGUGUCUGUGUCUAAAUACAGCAUUCAGAUCAACAAAUAAAAUGUAUAAAUGUUGUUG